AUGAAAAAUCUGGAUAUGUGUGUAAAGUUAUGCGAUAAACAUAAAGAAAAAGAAACUGCACAUCAAUCAACUAAAAGACAAAUUACUUUCUUUAUUGAAAAGAUCAAUAAAUCAAAUUUGAAAUUUUUACCACCUCAACUUACCUUUGAUACAACUGAAGAUUUGGCUGAAACCAAAGAUACAACUGAAGAUUCAGCUGAAACCAAAGAUACAACUGAAGAUUCAGCUGAAACCAAAGAUACAACUAAGGAUUCAGCUAAAACCAAAGAUACAACUGAAGAUUUAGCUGAAAGCUGGCCCUAUGAUCUUAUUGUGCAACAUUUACUUGAAACCAAAGACUCAACUGAAGACCCAACCAAAGACUUAACCGAAUACUCAACCAAAGACUUAACCGAAGACUCAACCAAAUAA